ACCUUGUUUUUCGUUGUAAUUGACGGUGGAGGACGAGAAUGUCGUUGUUGACGCCCUCCUACUCAUCGUCGAUGUCCUCGAGCUCGCUGGCCGACCCCUCGGAUCCCAUCGUCGAGCCCCAGCCCAAGUUUCCCCACACCCGCGCACAGCUCGCCGCGAUCGCUCGUCAGCAACGGACCAACGAGACCGACAGCGACGCCGAAGGGGAUGACUUUAGCGGACGCGGCGUACCCUCGCAUCUCGUCAACAAGGUCGUCAACCUUCUCGUUGACGAGCGUGAGGAUGAUUUGAAGGCGCUGCUCAAGCAAACCUAUGGGACGGACGACGAGACGGCCGAGCAGAAUGUCCUGGAUCUCAUGCACAAGCAUAGGGACGACGUCGCUGGCGUUCCCUUUCUUUUCCUCACCCCGACACGCCGCCCGAUAUCCCGUCCUUCCUCGCGGGCGUCUACGCAUUCGGCGCGCAUCUACAACCGUCCAGCAACGCCAAAUUCUGCACCGGGCUCUCCCCUUGCGACCAUCUUUCGCCGCCCUCAUACGCCGCUCGCGUCCCCCCUUGCCAAUCCGCGUGAGCCGACGUCGUACAUGACUGCGAAGGCACCCUUCAGCGAGUACUCGCCCAACUCGUCGCCCGUGCUGGCUCACGCGACGGCGGCUCAGGCGCAGUACACCGCGAGUCUGCCCGCGUCGCCGCUGUCGUCCCCACGAUUGCUCAACGCGAAGGCGAACGAGUUCAAGCCGAUCCCUCGACCGCUGUCCGCGGCUUCAUCCAAUCCCAGCAUCUUCCGCGCCGAGUCGCCCGACCUGUGGUCGCACAACUCCCCCAGGGCGACCUCCAACCUCGCGAUUGCCGCUCCGUUGCUGCCGGAUCAGUCCUUGUUGGCGACGCCGCCCCUGCACAGCUCGUCCUCCCUCCGUUCCUCUUAUCUGUCACAUGAGCUGGAGGAGGGGGAGGAUCCGUUCGAUCCGUUCGACAACAAGGAUGCCUCGCCAUUCACCUUCCACUCCAUCGCGAACUCGAUCAACGAGUUUGAGGCACAAUGGCAGCAACCCAGCGAAUCCAGCUUACUGUACAACGGUAGCACGUACGCCCCCCAGCAGGAUCCCCAGGGACAGGUGCCUACCGAUGAAAGCCAGGAGGCCGAACUCGACGCUGUCCUCACCGACGGCAUGACGCCGUUCGACGUCCUUAGCUCCGUUUUUGGCACUACUCUUGCACCGUCGGAGCUAGAGGAUGCGCUUGCCAACAAUGGAUACGACUUCGAGCGCGCAAUGAGUUGGCUCAUUGAGAAGGUUAUUCCUACGACGGCCGCUGUUCCGCAGGGUCCUCGUAUGCCUCCCAGACAGCCGAUGGGAGGAGGGGUCACCGUCGUGCCAAGGGACGGAUCCAUCCGUGGAGGUCGAGGGUUUCAGAGCCCGCCGGGCCGCGCGGCUCCGCGCUACCUGAAUGGUCGACCCGUGCAGACCGGGAAUCGCGUCUGCAGAUACUUCGUCGCUGGUGAAUGUCUGCGCGCCGACUGUCGAUUCAGUCAUGACCUCGAACGUGCGCUUUGCCGAUUCUGGCUGCGCGGUACCUGCGCCAAGAAUGAGCAAUGCGAAUUCCUUCAUCACCUUCCGAAGGACGUCGACCUUCAGCAACUCAGCACGGCGCUGGCGCGUGCCAAUGUCCCGCCGGGUACGGGACCUUUGGCCUCUCACCCGGCUGCGCAGCAGCUUCACCAGCACCAGCCUCCGCCCGACGAUUUCCCAGCACUCGGCGCUGAGAAUGGACAAAAUGGUCGCCGCGCACCUUACGCGCCUUACGACCCCAGUCGCACGCGCUUCGCUGCCGCCGUCAAGAAGCCUGCAGCUGAGGGGACCAACGGGAACCUCGCAGCACGUCGUGAAGUUAUGGGCCUCUCGGCCAUUGAAAACCUUCACCAUCGAUCUGCCAUCGUAGCGCCGCGUCCGUCUCCGCGCCUCAAGCUGCGCCCGCCUGCGCUCCUCCCGACUCUCCCAACGGGCGAGUCCCUUAACAACCUGUACAUGUCGUACAGGAACCGCGCCCUGCAGCUCGGCGCAGCUCGUAAUGCAUGUCUCUCGCGUGCAGCGGAUGCCUGGAGACGUGGUGACGGUGCCGCCGCGAAGCGCUUCAGUCGCGAAGGGCACGACCUGAAUGCGAAGAUGGCGAAGGAGAUGGCGUCGGCGGCGUCCAGCCUAGUGAAGGAACGGGCGCGGAUGACGGAGGGUGCGGUGCGGGCAAGAGAGCAGUCGUGGAGCGACGACCCGCUUGAUAGGACUUGGCGUGGACGGACGUGUGGUGGGGGGUUGGGUGUAGUUCUGGGUGUGGCGAGCGAUCGGGAUGUGGGUGAGAAGCUGUCUGGCGAGGAGAAGAUGGAGGCGGUCCUGGACUUGCACGGCCUGCACUCGAACGAGGCGACGGAAGUCUUAGAGCAGUUCUUGCUUGGGUUGGAGAACGAGCAUUUCUUGGGUAUCGCGUACCUCGUCGUUGGAGAGGAGAAGCAUACCGGCAAGCAGGACCCUGCACGCGGGGCGUCGCGUUCGCGCUUGGCGACUGGCGUGCGGGAGUGGCUGCACCGGUGGGGAUACCCGUGGAGCGAGCGUGAGGGGAUCAUAUAUGUCGAUCCGCUCACGCACCACCAGGAGUGAGGGGGCAGAUUUGUACGAGGGUCCUCGAAGACAAUAGACUGGUAGAAGAAUUUGAACACAGAGAAGGUUGUAAGAAUAAAUAUACGAAUAUGGACCAUACUCACGAAAAUGUAUACAGCGAGUUUCGGUGUAGCUGAGCUUUCCUCUGACAGGUAUGCGGUAACCCUAUGUCGGGACAGGCGGGCUGUUUACCUCAAAGGACAUGCAGUUGUACACGCGUUCGGUGCCGACUCUGAGUAAUUGACUCGUCCCGGUGACCACUGCGUACCGGUUAUAAACGCCU